AUGGUGAACUCUAUCGAUACCGUACCUCCUACUAUACCUACCGGUCAAAUCUUCGACUGGGUACUGGUAAAUGUAGAUCCUCCCUUCAUCACUUUGAAUAAGAACGUUACGCUGAACAGUGCAUAUGUGCCUCUUUCUGCAAAAGAUAUCCAUGGGAUGGAAAAUGAACUCUUCGAAUUUGUCUUGGAAAAAGAAAAUGUUAUGUGUCGGUGGUCCCAAGUCCCAAGUCCCAAGUCCCAAGUCCCAAGUCCCAAGUCCCAAGUCCCAAGUCCCAAGUCCCAAGUCCCAAGUCCCAAGUCCCAAGUCCCAAGUCCCAAGUCCCAAGUCCCAAGUCCCAAGUCCCAAGUCCCAAGUCCCAAGUCCCAAGUCCCAAGUCCCAGAAUUCCCAAGUCCCAAGUCCCAAGUCCCAAGUCCCAGAGUCCCAAGUCCCAAGUCCCAGGUCCAGAGUCCCCGUCCCCAGUCCCAGUCCCAGUCCCGGUCCCCAGUCCCAGUCCCCAGUCCCAGUCCCCCAGUCCCAGUCCCCAGUCCCAGUCCCAGUCCCAGUCCCAGUCCCAGUCCAGUCCCCAGUCCCAGUCCCAGUCCCAGUCCCAGUCCCCGGUCCCCAGUCCCAGUCCCCAGUCCCCAGUCAGUCCCCAGUCCAGUCCACAGUCCCAGUCCCAGUCCCAGUCCCGGUCCCAGUCCCCAGUCCCAGUCCCCAGUCCCAGUCCCAGUCCCCAGUCCCAGUCUGGUCAGUCCCAGUCCCGGUCCCCAGUCCCAGUCACAGUCCCAGUCCCCAGUCCCAGUCCCAGUCCCAGUCCCAGUCCCAGUCCCCAGUCCCAGUCCCCAGUCCCCAGUCCCAGUCCCCAGUCCCAGUCCCCAGUCCCAGUCCCCAGUCCCAGUCCCCAGUCCCAGUCCCCAGUCCCAGUCCCCAAGUCCCAGUCCCAAGUCCCAGUCCCCAGUCCCCAGUCCCCAGUCCCAGUCCCCAGUCAGUCCCAGUCCCAGUCCCAGUCCCAGUCCCAAGAGUCCCAGUCCCCAGUCCCCAGUCCCAAAGUCAGUCCCAAGUCCCAGUCCCAAGUCCAGUCCCAAGUCCCAGUCCCAAGUCCCAGUCCCAAGUCCCAGUCCCAAGUCCCAGUCCAAGUCCCAGUCCCAAGUCCCAGUCCCAAGUCCCAGUCCCAAGUCCCAGUCCCCAAGUCCCAGUCCCAGUCCCAGUCCCAAGUCCCAGUUAAGUCCCAGUCCCAAGUCCCGGUCCCAAGUCCCAGUCCCAAGUCCCAAGUCCCAAGUCCCAAGUCCCAAGUCCCAGUCCCAAGUCCCAGUCCCAAGUCCCAGUCCCAGUCCCAGUCCCAAGUCCCAGUCCCAAGUCCAGUCCCAAGUCCCAGUCCAAGUCCCAGUCCCAAGUCCCAGUCCCAAGUCCAGUCCCAAGUCCCAGUCCCAAGUCCCAGUCCCAAGUCCCAGUCCCCAGUCCCCAGUCCCAAGUCCCAGUCCCAAGUCCCAGUCCCAAGUCCCAGUCCCAAGUCCCAGUCCCAAGUCCCAGUCCCAAGUCCCAGUCCCAAGUCCCAGUCCCAAGUCCCGGUCCCAGUCCCAAGUCCAGUCCCAAGUCCCAGUCCCAAGUCCCAGUCCAAGUCCCAGUCCCAAGUCCCAGUCCCAAGUCCCAGUCCCAAGUCCAGUCCCAAGUCCCAGUCCCAGGUCAGUCCAGUCCCAAGUCCCAGUCCCAAGUCCCAGUCCCAGUCAGUCCCAGGUCAGUCCCCGGUCAGUCCCAGUCCCACAGUCCCAGUUCCCCAGUCCAGUCCCCAGUCCCAGUCCCCAGUCCCAGUCCCCAGUCCCAGUCCCCAGUCCCAGUCCCCAAGUCCCAGUCCCCAGUCCCAGUCCCCAGUCCCCAGUCCCCAGUCAGUCCCCAGUCCCAGUCCCCAGUCCAGUCCCAGUCCCAGUCCCAAGUCCCAGUCCCCAGUCCCAGUCAAGUCCCAGUCCCAAGUCCCAGUCCCAAGUCAGUCCCAAGUCCCCGGUCAGUCCCAGUCCCAGUCCCAAGUCCCGGUCAGUCCCGGUCCAAGUCCCAGUCCCAAGUCCCAGUCCCAGAGUCCCAGUCCCAGGUCCAGUCCCAAGUCCCAGUCCCAAGUCCCAGUCCCAAGUCCCAGUCCCAAGUCCCAAGUCCCAAGUCCCAGUCCCAAGUCCCAGUCCCAGAGUCCCAGUCCCAAGUCCCAGUCGGUCAGUCCCAAGUCCCAGUCCCAAGUCCCAGUCCCAAGUCCCAGUCCCAGUGCAGUCCCAAGUCCCAGUCCCAAGUCCCAGUCCCAAGUCCCAGUCCCAGGUCAGUCCCCGAGUCCCAGUCAGAGUGCAGAGUCCCAGUCCCAGAGUCCCAGUCCCAAGUCCCAGUCCCAAAUUUGUCCCAAGUCCAGUCCCAAGUCCCAGUCCCAGUCCCAAGUCCCAGUCCCAAGUCCCAGUCCCAAGUCCCAGUCCCAAGUCCAGUCCAAGUCCAGUCCCAAGUCCCAAGUCCCAGUCCCAAGUCCCAGAGUCCCAGUCCCAAGUCCAAUAGAGUAUUAUGUAGCUAACACAAAGAUGAACGAGAAGAUUGAUAUGUUCAUAAAUCUUGAAGAAGGAAUGUUUGAUGCAAUUAUAGGACACAUAAGAAAAUUAUCUCACAAAGAACAUUUAUUCUCUGUGACAGAUUCAUGGCUAAUAGACUUUAUAAUUGGUUGUAAAGCUACGAAAUAUAACAGAAACCCAAUGAGAUUACUUAAUGCUUAUAGCAGCAUAAUAGAGCAUUUGGUAAUGAUCAUUUUCACUCUUGCGGUUACUACGUCUUACUGGAAAAUGAGUAAAAUCGAGAAAAAUUCAAAGAAACUGAGCUUCAUUGAGAGUAUGCUGUUUACAUUUCAAUUAGCAAUAGGUGUCAGCGUCAAACUUCCCAAACAUCAUUUAUUACGAAUUAUAGCAUUCUCCUUUAUUGGUUACGAGUUUUUCACCAUCACGUAUUAUCAAACGAAUUGGAUAAGUUUUCUCACCUACCAACCAAAAGUCUUCAUACUGCACGAAUCCAGCUUUCUACACGACGACAACCAUCAAAGAAGCUUGAACACCUACCUGAAACAAAUCCAAGAUAAUUCAGAAAAUAGCGAACAAGAAAACAACGAAGAUAUAAAAUUUUAUUCAAAAAUAAGCUUGUUUUACAAAUUAGAAAGCGUGCAAACUAGUAGUCUUAACUAUUUAUUAACACAAUUUUCUUAAAAAGAAGAUCUUGAUUACUCAAGAUAUUUCAAUUAUUCACUCGAUUGA